GAUCUUUCAGCACGAAAGGAGAACGAACCCGACGUCCCGACCGUGCUCCGGACGGCUCAUUCCCGUGGUGCCGUCCCGCUCUCGCAGACGCACGGGCCCGGGGCCCCACGGUCUCCCCUGCUAAUGGCAUGGUCCUCGGCUGUAUAAACACGACACCAGGCGCUCCACGCACCAACCAACCUCCACGAUCGUCCUCUCCUACAAACCUCUAAACCUCUGCUUCGAUCGGUUCGUCCAAGAGAGGUGGAAUGAGAUGGCAUCACGUGCGAAUUCCUGAACGUUCUAUCAUUUUUGGUGCCGUCUUAUGUUUGGUUUUGAGUUCAACGAAGAGGCUGGUUGUUUGCGGAGGAAGCCACAGCCAUGCAGGAAGCGCUCCUCUCUCCGGCCAGUGCCGACCGCCUCCGCUCCGCAUUGGAGCUCAAGCUGUUCGCCUUCGGGGACCAGCGGCUCUCCUCGCAGCGCUACCUCAACCUCGCCGGCGGCGGAGACGACGCCCUGUUCCGCUGCUCCUCCCCCUUCAGCCCAAGCUGCGGUUUCUCCUCGCCGUCGCCUCAAGCCACCUCCGUCUCGCUCUCGCCGUCCUCCUCCGCGUCCCUCGUCGACGACGGUGAUGACGCUGCGGCUGCCGACGCCACCGGCCACCGGCUCCAGCUCGCGCGCCUCGCGCUGAAGUACCAGGAGGUGGCUGACCGCUACGAGCUCUGCCUUGCCCACCUCGCCGAGGCCGUUGACGAGGAGGCAGCCCUCCGCCGCGAGAACGCCGAGCUCCGCGUCGCCAACAGCGACCUCACGAACCGCCUCGCGCUGCUCAGCGGCAUUGGCAAGCAGGCCGCGGCUGUAGCCAUCGCCGACGAGAUCCGCCGGCUCCGUCUCGGUGAGCAGAAGGUCGUCGCGACUGACAAGGAACGCGCGCCCGAGAAGCUCGCCGUGCUACCAAAGAGCAUCUCCGUCCGCUCCAAUGAGUACCUCAAGAUGAACCACCCCGCCCAAGCCCCUGCCACAACGGCGGGGCACAACCGCAGGUCUCGCGCAUCGAACGCGACCAACCCCAGCUCGCAGCAGCGCGUGUACGCAGGCUCGGACGGCGGCAGGAAAGGUGAAGAGCCGAAGGAGCAAAGCGCGUCCGGUGGCGGCAUGGAGCUGGAGGUGUGCAACCAGGGUAUGUUCAAGACGGAGCUGUGCAACAAGUGGGAGGAGACGGGGGCGUGCCCCUACGGCGACCAGUGCCAAUUCGCGCACGGCGUCGCCGAGCUCCGCCCCGUCAUCCGCCACCCGCGCUACAAGACCCAGGUCUGCCGCAUGGUUCUCGCCGGCGAGCUCUGCCCCUACGGUCACCGCUGCCACUUCCGCCACUCGCUCACCCCCACCGAACGCCUCCUCGUCCGCCCUUAGCGAAGGCAGAGCACGACCAGCCUUUUUACAUCACCGGGAACCGUUCAUUACUGUCUCAUCUCAACUUCUCAAGUCUGUCAAGUAUACACACACAAGAAAAUGUACAAAAAUACGAACAGCGUAAAUAAGAUACAUAAAAACAUAAAGGAAACCUGAUAGUAGAGUUAGUGUUCAGGCAAUGUGAAUAUUCAUAUACAGGAUUAGCUACGUCGUUAGUCAACUACGGGUUCUCAGGGACUUCAACUGUCUUCUGUUCAUGUAAUCUAUUUUGGGGGUGAUCUUGUUUAGGUGAUAGCUACCAUGUUUCUUCAAUGCAUUUCAAUGCAAUGGGUGAGGGCAUGAUACAAUAAACUCAGUAAGAUUGUAGAUUUGGCAAGUACUUCCAGUGUGCAGAUGAAAUUCA